GCCAUUGAUUCUGAUUUUGAAAAUUCUUUCUUCGGGGUUUGUAGAACUGUUCUUACUGUGUGGGUCCACAUCCGCCAUUCUUCCAUAUUCUAACUUCCUUUCUCCUCAUUCUCUCUCUUGAACAGAAAGUUAAGCCAAGAAGAAAUCCAUAGAUAAGCAGUUGGGGACUUGGGGUAUUUGUUUGAUGUAAUGCUAGGGAUCGACUUACAGACGGAGAGAGGACCCUUCAUCUUUAAAGAGUUACUUUCUUCAUCAAUCAGCCCAGCUGUGUCUCUGGCAAAAACUGAUAGCUCCGUUUCAUAUUACAAUGAUUAUCUUGUGGAUGUGCCCUCAAAUGAUAGGUCCCUGAGAGAGGAAUCAAGCAGUGGAAUUCGUAUCUUACAACAGGAGCAUGAAUCAUGUGAUGGAAAUGGGGGUAUUGAUUCUCAUAUUUGGUUUCCCCCUGAACCAGAAGACCGAGAGGACGACAUGGAGGGUAGUAUUGGCAAUUAUGAGGACGAUGAUGACGAUGAAGAGUACGGUGAUGGCAUGAAAUGGGGAAAGCCAAGUAAUCUGAGCAGCCUUAGAGAAGAAGGAUGUGGGAGCUUUAGGUUUAGAGAAGAAACAAAAAAGGCAAUGGAUGAGGUUAUGAAUGGGAAGUUUAAGGCACUUGUGGAGCAUCUUCUUACAUCAAUGGGCAUUUCUUGUUCUGGGAAUACGUGGGUGGAUACAGUCACAGCUUUAUCAUGGGAAGCUGCUUCAUAUCUGAAGCCAGAUGCUUUUGAGGGAAAAGUAAUGGAUCCUGAUGGAUAUGUGAAGAUCAAAUGUAUUGCGACCGGUUCUCGGACCCAAAGUAAAGUUUUCAAGGGCUUAGUCUUCAAGAAACAUGCAGCUCACAAACACAUGCCAACAAAGUAUAGAAAACCCAAGUUGCUAUUGAUCAAGGGUGCACUUAGUGUUUCUUCAGAUGGACUAUCAUCCUUUGAGUCGAUGAAACAGGAGAAUGAGAGGCUAGAUUAUCUAAUUGGGAUGAUAGAGAAGUUGAAUCCAAAUGUCGUACUAGUUGAGAAAACCGUUUCACGAGAUAUUCAAGAGUCUAUCCUUGCAAAAGGGAUGACAUUGGUAUUGGAAAUGAAACUACACCGGUUGGAGAGAGUUGCUCGUUGUACUGGCUCACCAAUCUUGUCCUCUGAUAUGCUGCUGCUGAAUGACCAAAAGCUGAGGCACUGCGAAUCCUUUUAUUUUGAAAAGAUUGUAGAAGAACAUGCUGCUCUUUGUGAUAAUGGAAAACGCCCUAAGAAGACAUUAAUGUUUCUCCAAGGCUGUCCCACACGAAUGGGAUUUACGAUUCUGCUGAUGGGAUCUCACAGUGAUGAACUUAAAACCAUAAAAUGUGUUGUUCAGUUUGCGGUUGUAAUGGCAUACCAUUUGAUCCUUGAAAGUUCAUUCCUUGUGAAUCAACGGGCAAUGUUAUCCACGACUGCCCCGGAUGGAAUGGCUAUAUUUUCAACUAAACCUGUGUUUGUGUAUAAAGGUCUUGAUAUUCCUGUAGCCAGUGAGUCGAGUACGGAAACUACAACUAGUGAUAAUUUGAUCACCACCAUUGAUAUCCCCAUCUCCAAUGGAUUUCUUCAAGAAAAUGGGCCCGACAACUUGGGUCUGGAAGGGCAUAGUUUAUCAUCUUAUGAGCCAUAUGACCCAAUUGUUCUCUCAGGGUUAUCUUCACUCUCAGCCUCUUUACAGGAAGUUGUAGGGUACCCUCUUUUCAAUGCUACCCCCCAAGACCAAGACCAAGAUCAUGAGGAGGAGGAGGAGGAGACAUACCUUGGCUAUAACACCCCCCUUGACCGCACCGAAACCAGCUCUCCAGAUACGGAAACAGAGUUGCUUCCAAGAAACUUGUCCUUAGAAACAAAAGAUUCUGAAGAGCGUAUGCAACGUAAGGAUGACAUUACUGCGGUUUUGGAUUCCGAGAGCAUAUUAGUUUUGAUGUCUAGAAGGAAUGUCACAAGAGGGACUACGUGUAAGCAAAGUAGCUUUUCAUGUAUCAAGUUCUACCGGAAUUUCGAUGUGCCCCUCGGAAAGUUUUUGCAGGAUAACUUACUCAAUCAGAAGCUUUUGUGUGGAACAUAUAAGCAGUUGCCUGGUGAAAAUGAAGGAAAGCUUUGGAUGUGGAGUUGUUGUGGCCAAUGUAAACCCUCCAAUGGAAGCUUAAAGUCUACCAAAAGAGUAUUGGUCUCCGUUGCUGCUCGUGGGUUAUCCUUUGGGAAGUUCUUAGAACUUGGCUUCUCCAACCACUCUUCAUGGGAAAUACCAUCUAGCUGCGGACAUUCCUCUUAUGCUGACUAUUUUCACUUCUUCGGAUCAGGCUCCAUGGUUGCAAUGUUUAGAUACUCAACAGUGGCUACUUACUCUGUAUCUCUGCCGCAUUGGAAGGUCGAGUUUACCAAUUCAAUAGAAAGAGAUUUUCUUAAAGAAGAAGUUGCGGAUGUGUACCAGGAAGGGCAAUCAGUGUUUGCUGAGGUUGAGAACUCCCUGAAGAAGAUGGAAGACAAGUUUGGUGGAUCAACACUGAACAUUCAAGGAUCAUGUAAAAGAUUCUCUGACAUCAAAGAGAUGUUGAAUAAAGAGCAAGAUGAAUAUGAGGUUAAGAUGAAGAAGCUGAGUGAAAGCACGAGCAUGACUAAAUGGCUGUACAAGCCUCUGCACUUGAAUUACAUACAAUGGGAGGUUUUACUUCGUUCAUACAUCUGGGAUGAGCGCAUCCAUUCACUCCUUUCAUCCGAUCUUAUUGUUGACCCCCAAACCGUCCGUGAAUCACAGCGUCCUCAUCAUCUUCAGGAGAAAGAUACCACCACCAUCAGCAUCACUGAAAAUGGUAAUAUCAAAAUCGAUACACAUACACCCGAACCCAGAGAAGCAAAUGGCUUAUCAGUUGAACCAAUCACAACCGAAGAAGCUGUUGUUGAUGAUGAAAAUGGUGGAGUUUCUUCGGCUUUUUCAUCAAAAUCAGCCGAUCCCAAAGGGUGGAUGUGGACACCAUUCUCGCAGAUUGAAAGCAUUUAUGUGAAGGAUCUCCACAGAGGGUACUUGCCCAAAUAUGAAGCUUCCGGAAUACACAAAAUGAUUACCCAGUCCCAGUCCCAGUCCCAAGGCGAAGAGGGCUCAAAGAUUCAUUUCCCAUUGGGUACAGAAAAUCUUCUUAUGGUAUCGGAUUAUGAAGACGAGUUAUCAAGUAUGAUAGCAUGUGCGUUGGCUUUUCUAAAGGACGGAAAUAGUAAUACAUCAUUGGAAUUUGUAAGUGACGAUUCAAAAUCAUACGAAAGUUUACCGAAAAUGUUGUCUUUGAGUUCCCCAAAUUGGUCUUCCUUUACCUCCAUGGAUUCCGAUGUAGAAGACUCCCGUUUUUCGAGCUUUGAUGGGUUGGAAUUGCUGGAUUCCGUUGCUGCUUAUCUUCACCCCGUGAUUUCCAUGGGAAGAUUAGCCAACAGAUCUAAAUAUUCGGUAGCUUGUUUAUUUGCCAAAGAUUUUCUCGAUCUUCGUGGUCAAUGUGGUUUAUCUGAGCUUGAUUACAUUUCUUCAUUAAGCCGUUGUAAGCAUUGGGAUGCCAAAGGUGGAAAGAGUAAAUCUUUCUUUGCUAAAACUCUUGAUGACCGCUUCAUUAUUAAGGAAAUUAAGAAAACCGAGUUUUACUCCUUUCUUGAAUUUGCUUCUCACUAUUUUGGGUACAUGAAUCAGUGUUUUAAACUUGGAAAUCAGACAUGCCUCGCCAAAAUUCUUGGUAUUUAUCAGGUAAAGAAAAGAAAGAGUGGGGCUAAACAUGAUCUAAUGGUGAUGGAGAACAUUAGUUAUGGGAGAAAAAUUACGCGGCAGUAUGAUCUGAAAGGAGCUCUGUAUGCUCGUUUCAAUGCUGUUGUUGAUGGUACAGGAGACGUUCUUUUGGACCAAAACUUUGUAAAUGACAUGAAUGUGUCUCCUUUAUACGUUAAUACAAAAGCAAAGCGGAAUCUGCAACGCGCUGUGUGGAACGAUACUGCCUUCCUCAAUUCGAUCAAUGUGAUGGACUAUUCAUUAUUGGUUGGAGUGGACGUGGAAGAAAAGGAGCUGGUAUGCGGCAUAAUCGAUUACGUGCGACAAUAUACUUGGGACAAACAGCUGGAGAACUGGGUGAAGUCCUUUGUGGUCCCCAAAAACCAGUUGCCUACCAUAAUCUCUCCAAAAGAAUACAAAAAAAGAUUCCGAAAGUUCAUUGACACCCACUUUUUCAGUGUCCCUGAUGACUGGUGUUCUCAAAGACCCUCCAACCGCUGCACCCUUUGUGGUUCCAACACCCCAAACCCAAAGGCGAAAUGAAAACUUGUUAUUAAAUUUUGGAUGCAUAUACAUACAUCACCAUGAACCAUCAACGCUCAACGCCACCCCAUCCAUUCUGCACCUUUUUAGCAAAUUUCUGGGGAUAAUAUGUAUUAGUUUUUAAGUGCCGGGAAAUCCACCAGCUGGUAGCUUUU